GGUUUAAAGGCCGACUCUGAACUCGACCCUUUUUACUGGUUGGUGAACGGUCUGGUAGAUUCGCGGUGCUCUGGCGAUGUUAAUGGCGGUCUCUUCGAAGUUCUAGCCUCUCCAGCUCAACCCUAGUUUCCCUCAUCCCAUGGCCAAAAUCGAACCCAAGACUCGAACCGUCAUCGAACUCGUUGCAGAGUUCAAUCCCUCCAACUCCUCAUUCGCUUCCCUUCGAUCUCUCGCGGUCUCCACUGUUUCCGAUUCUCAAACCCUCAUUUACGUCGGCACCGAAUCGGGUAACCUCUUCUUACUCUCUCUAAACCCUAAUCCACCUCUCAGUUCAAAGCACAGAAAUUCAGCUGAUUUUGACGAUUCUAAGCCGACAAAUAUAUCACUUCUGCGACAUGUAUCGGUGAGCAAUUGCUCGGUCGAUUCGAUACAUGUAAUUGUUCAUGCUGGGAAGGUUCUGGUGGUUUCGGAUGGGUUUAUGUAUUUGGUUGACUCACUUUUACUACAACAUGUGAAGAAGUUGAGCUUUUCAAAGGGAGUUAGUGUUGUGGCUCGGAGGAUACAGUGUGGCGAAUCCGAAAGUUCCAAUUUGGUAGGAGAUGAUAGUAUUAGUUUGCCUGAGUUUUCGAGCACAGGUCAGCGGUUUUUACAGAAAUUAGGUGGUGGGAUUAGAUCAAAUGGUAUGAAGAUUAAAGAACUACAGUUGCAUAGAGACGGUAGCUGCAUUUUUGCGGUUGUGGUUGGGAAAAGAUUGAUUUUGGUAGAGCUUGUUUUGGGUGGUAGAGUUGGCCGAAGUGACGGGGAUGUUGAUGGUAUUGGUGGGUCUUUUGUAAUUCUGAAAGAAAUCCAAUGCGUUGAUGGGGUCACAACCAUGGUGUGGCUUGAUGAUUCCAUAAUUGUUGGUACUUAUAAUGGGUACAGCUUGUAUUCUUGCGUUACUGGGCAAAGUGCUUUGAUUUUUUCGCUUCCCGAUCCAUCUAGUCCUCCAAGCCUGAAACUUUUGAUGAAAGAGUAUAAUGUGCUUUUGUUGGUUGACAAUGUGGGGGUUAUUGUUAAUCCCCGGGGGCAACCUGUUGGUGGAAGCUUGGUAUUCCGUCAUGCUCCAGAUUCUAUUGGAGAGAUAGGCUCACAUGUGGUUGUUACAAGGAGUGGAAAGAUGGAGUUGUAUCACAAAAAAACAGGUGAUUGUGUUCAAAUGGUUUCUUUCAUUGGGGAAGGAGUUGGUCCACGUGUUGUGGCAGAUGAGGGAGACGGGAGAGGGAAACUUGUUGCUGUAGCAACACUGUCCAAGGUUAUUUGCUAUCGGAAAGUACCUUCUGAAGAACAAAUUAAAGAUCUGUUACGAAAGAAGAACUUUAAGGAAGCCACCUACUUGGCUGAGGAACUUCAGAGUGAAGGUGAAAUGACAAAGGAAAUGCUCUCCUUUGUCCACGCUCAAGUGGGGUUCCUCUUGCUGUUUGACUUGCAUUUUGAGGAAGCAGUAAAUCACUUCUUGCUUUCAGAAACUAUGCAGCCUUCUGAAGUAUUCCCAUUCAUCAUGCGAGACCCAAAUCGCUGGACAUUGCUGGUUCCAAGGAAUCGGUAUUGGGGCCUGCAUCCUCCCCCUUCACCUCUUGAAAAUGUUGUUGAUGAUGGGUUGCUGGCAAUCCAAAGGUCUAUUUUUCUUAAGAAAGCAGGUGUGGAGACUGCAGUGGAUGAUGAUUUUCUUCUGAAUCCACCAAAUAAAGCUGAUUUAUUAGAGUCAGCAAUCAAAAACAUCACCAGGUAUUUACAAGUUUCACGUGAAAAGGAUUUAACUCCGUCAGUGAGGGAAGGAGUUGACACUCUUUUAAUGUACCUCUAUAGAGCCCUAAAUCGUGUUGAUGACAUGGAGAAGCUUGCAUCUACUGAGAACAGUUGUAUAGUGGAGGAGUUAGAAACUUUACUGAAUGAAUCCGGGCAUUUGCGGACGCUUGCCUUCCUGUACGCAAGUAAAGGGAUGAGCUCCAAGGCUCUUGCUAUUUGGCGAAUUCUGGCUAGGAAUUACUCAUCUGGCUACUGGGAAGACUCUGCAGGGGAAAUUGAUUUGCAGGAUGCCUCCAUGACUGUUAAAUCUGGCAAGGAGACUGCUGCAAUUGAAGCAUCAAAGAUUCUUGAGGAGUCAUCUGAUCAAGAUUUGGUACUGCAACAUCUUGGAUGGAUUGCAGAUAUCAACCAGGUACUCGCUGUUCAAGUUUUAACAUCAGAGAAAAGAACUGUUCAGCUUUCACCAGAUGAAGUAAUUGCUGCUAUUGACCCGAAAAAGGUGGAAAUUCUUCAAAGAUACCUCCAAUGGUUGAUUGAAGAUCAAGACUCCGAUGACACUCAGUUCCAUACUUCCUAUGCAAUUUUGCUGGCCAAAUCAGCUAUUGAAACUUAUAUAACAGAAACUGAAGCUGGAAUCCCAGAGGAGACAAAUAUUUCUGAUUCUGGAAGGGAUUCUAUCUUUCAAAGUCCUGUCAGAGAACGGUUGCAGAUUUUUUUACAGUCUUCAGACUUGUAUGAUCCCGAAGAGGUCCUUGACCUGAUUGAAGGAUCAGAAUUAUGGUUGGAAAAGGCUAUUCUUUACAGGAAACUAGGGCAAGAGACAUUGGUGCUUCAAAUCCUGGCCUUGAAGUUGGAGGAUAGCGAAGCUGCUGAACAAUAUUGUACAGAGAUUGGUAGACCAGAUGCCUAUAUGCAAUUGCUUGAAAUGUAUUUGGAUCCAAAAGACGGUAAGGAGCCCAUGUUUAAAGCUGCAGUUCGUCUUCUCCAUAAUCAUGGAGAAUCUCUUGAUCCUUUGCAAGUGCUAGAGAGAUUGUCCCCAGAUAUGCCCCUCCAACUUGCUUCAGACACAAUAUUAAGAAUGUUAAGGGCUCGACUUCAUCAUCAUCGUCAAGGACAAAUUGUGCACAACUUAUCUCAGGCAAUAGACACUGAUGCAAGUCUGGCAAGAUUGGAGGAGAGGUCACGACAUGUGCAGAUAAAUGAUGAGAGCCUCUGUGAUUCUUGUCAUGCCCGCCUUGGAACCAAACUAUUUGCAAUGUAUCCAGACGAUACCAUAGUUUGUUACAAGUGUUUUCGUCGUCAGGGUGAGUCUACAUCUGUCACAGGUCGCAACUUCAAGCGAGACAUUAUGUUUAAACCAGGUUGGCUGGUGAGCUGAUGAAACCGAUGAAUUGUGAAAGAAGAAGAGUUUCUGAAGUGCAACUCCCGGCUACGCUGAUGAUAUAUAUAGCACUCCCUUCCCGUUUGGUAUCUGGAAUAAUUUGAUCUCCACUUUUUUGACAAACCAGAUAUACAAAGAAUUCCGAUUUGAUCUUGAGGGACGUGUUGCAUCUGAGGAAAUUGGUUUUGAUCAACAUUCUGCUACGCUGUGUGAUCGCCAGGUGUCCUCAAUGGUUUUUUGCUAGGCGGUGUCCUGGAUGGUCCGUCUGGUUGUAUACGAGCAAUUCACUUCAAAACAUGUUCAGGUGUCUAGUUUUUUAGGCAUUAGUAGUGCUGUAUUGAUAAUGCAAAGUUUGUUGUAUAACCUUAAUGGUUUUUUUUUGGUAAAUGUAUAAUCUUAAUUGUUGACUAGUUUGCGGUAUUCUAAUUCAAAUUAAACACAA